UUCGGCGGAGACGGGAACAAGAUGGCGAUCCCGGGUCGGCAGUAUGGGCUUAUUUUGCCAAAGAAAACACAGCAGUUGCACCGUGUUUUGCAAAAACCAUCAGUGUUUGGGAAUGAUUCUGAUGAUGAUGAUGAGACCUCCGUGAGUGAAAGCCUUCAGAGGGAAGCUGCUAAGAAGCAGGCCAUGAAACAGACCAAAUUGGAAAUUCAGAAAGCUCUUGCAGAAGAUUCCACUGUAUAUGAGUAUGACAGUAUUUAUGAUGAAAUGCAGAAGAAAAAGGAAGAAAGCAAUCCCAAAUUGGUUUUGGGGAAAGACCGAAAGCCCAAAUAUAUUCACAACUUACUAAAAGCAGUUGAGAUCAGAAAAAAGGAACAGGAAAAAAGAAUGGAAAAGAAAAUACAGAGAGAACGAGAAAUGGAAAAAGGAGAAUUUGAUGAUAAAGAAGCAUUUGUGACAUCUGCUUAUAAAAAAAAACUACAAGAGAGAGCUGAAGAGGAAGAAAGAGAAAAGAGGGCUGCUGCACUAGAAGCACGUCUGGAUGUAACCAAACAGAAAGAUCUCAGUGGAUUUUAUAGGCACCUGUUAAAUCAAGCAGUUGGUGAAGAGGAAGUACCUAUGUGCAGCUUUCGUGAAGCCAGGUGUAGAAUAAAAGAAGAGAAGCCAAAGGGUUACUCUGAUGAAGUAAAGGCAGAGAACAGAAUGCCACAGCAGAAUUGCAUUCUCCAGACCAACGUAAAGGAGGAAGAAAACCCAGAUGCUGAUAGUGAUUUUGACACUAAGAGCAGUGAGGAUGAUGAGAUGGGAGAAAACAAAAUGAAUUGCAGAAGGGAAAAGGUCACAGAGUCCUCCAAGAAGUACUCCAAAUAUCACAUGAGUCGGACCCACUCACGAUCAUCCAGUGAAGAAAGAGGGCAUGAUGCCAAAUGCCACACCAAAGGUUCCAGGUCAAGAGGACACGAGAAAAAAGAUCAGCACCAAGAUAGGCAGUCCAGAGACACUGAGCAUGGCCACAAAAAAGAAAAGCAUUCUCAUAGGCACAGAGAGGCUGAUCAUAAAGACUACCACUGGAAGAGGCAUGAACAAGAAGAUAAACAGAGGGGGAAAGACCAGAGAGAAAGACGUGAUAGAGAAUGGAAAGAGGAGAAAUAUUCCUCAAGAGAACAAGAAAGAGAGAAACAACGAAAUGAUCAUGACCGAAACAGCGAGAAACUAGGAGAGAAGAAAGAGAAAAGCAAAGAAAAAGAAGAACAUACGAAAGGAAGGAAGGAGAGAGAUGAAAACAAUGAAAAGUCCAGAGAUAGAGAAAAACAAGAAGUUCAAUCUUCAGAAAGAAACCGAGACAAAAAAGAAAGCAGCCCAAAAUCAAGAGCAAAGGAUGAGUGUCUUGACCGUGAAAGAGCUAACAAAAUGAGAAACGUGGAAAAGGACAAAGAGAGACACCAAGAGAAACCCACUGGUUCUGAAACGUCACUGGGGACAAAACAUAGACUCACAGAAAACAGGCAGGAGAAUAGCAAAGAAGAGGAACGACCACCUGAGGCAAUGAGCAAGUUUGCAAAGCGGAACAGCCAGGAAACAGUAAUGUCAGCCAGAGAUAGGUACUUGGCCAGGCAGAUGGCACGGAUUAAUGCAAAGACUUACAUUGAGAAAGAAGAUGAUUAAUGCCAGCCUUGACCCAGGAGCUCCACACAAGCACAGAGCAUUAACACCUGGGACCUGUUUUGCAAUAGCAUAAAAGAGGGUGUUAACAGAUUGAGAGGUUUUCAAAAUCCCUAUUUUAGGUUUAAGUCACAAGCCAGUCCUUUUAUCUUAGGUGUUUGGCUAGAUUUAUAAAAUAUUUCUUUAUCAAUAACACAUUCUAAGAACUUGAGAACUGUAAGAGUGCCAAAGCUCCCUCAAGGUACUCUGAGAAUAAUUGGCUUCACUACUACUAUUGAAAAUAAACAACUCUUGUAGUA